AUGUCGAAGGUUAUGAGGACGGUGAAGAAUGUCACCAAAGGAUAUUCGAGCGUCCAGGUCAAGGUCCGGAAUGCAACCAGCAACGAUCCAUGGGGCCCAACCGGGACUGAGAUGAGCGAAAUAGCUCAAAUGACCUACAAUUCUUCAAACGAGUUUUACGAAAUUAUGGACAUGCUCGAUAAACGGUUGAAUGAUAAGGGCAAAAACUGGCGACACGUCUUAAAGGCCCUCAAGGUUCUGGAUUACUGUCUUCAUGAGGGAUCGGAGCUAGUUGUAACUUGGGCGCACAAAAACAUCUACAUAAUCAAAACUCUUAGGGAGUUUCAAUAUAUCGAUGAGGAUGGAAAGGAUGUUGGACAGAAUGUCCGUGUCUCUGCCAAAGAGUUGACUGCAUUGGUAUUAGAUGAAGAAAGGCUCCGCAGUGAGAGGAGUGACCGAAAGACUUGGAAGUCAAGAGUCAGCGGUAUUGAGGAAUAUGCGCUUCCGCACGACCAACCCCAACGCCGAACACGUCCACAUCGCGCGCAGCGCGCAGAUGAGGAAGACGCGGAAUAUAGAUUGGCAAUCGAAGCAAGUAAACACCAAGAGGAAGAGGAUCGAAAGAAGCGGCAGAGCAGGACCGCAGAUCCCGAGGAUGACGACCUUGCCAAAGCUAUCAAAUUGAGUAAGGAAGAAGAAGACCUGAGGAGGAGAGAAUUGGAAGACCAGAAUGCAUCGUCUUUGUUUGAUGACGAUCUAAUUCAGACGGCUCAACCAACAACUCAACAGACAGCUCAGCCUACAGGGUUUAAUCAGGGCUACCAGCAACAAGGCCAGGUCGAUUGGUCAGGUAAUCCUAUUGAUCCAAAUAUGCAACAGCAGCCCACCGGUUACAUGGGCAAUAUGUACACAGGAGCGGUUGUCAAUCAGCAGACAGGCUAUCCAAACGGAUAUCAGAAUGGGUUUGGACCCCAACCAACAGGUGCCUUUGAUCCUUAUGGAUCACAGCAACUUCAACAGCAGCAACUCCAGCCUCAGCAAACAAGCUUCAACCCAUACCAGACCUCUAGCCCCUUCCAGGCGCAACCACAGGCCCAGGAACCCCUCGUUCCAGCGAGCACCAACAAUCCUUGGGCGACAAAUCAACAGCAAUCCCAGCAGAUUAUGCCUACCCCCACCGGAUCUAACAAUCCAUUUGCAUCAUCCUUCAACCGGCCUCAGGCCACCGCAUCCCCUGCUAAGCCAACGCUGGCCGCGCUUCAAGAGCAAAAGACCUCGGCGUUCAAUCCAAUUGCAUCUUUUACCCCACCACCACCAAAAGAGAUGGACCCUCACCAAGCCAGACUCAAUGCUCUACUUGCAAGUGGUGAGGGAAUGGAUACAUUUGGUAAUACUGGAGACCUGCGUAUUCCAGCCCAGCAUACCGCACCUGGUACGUUCGUGAACAGCGCGGGCGCAGGGUUAGGCAGGAUGACGGAGCAGCAAACGGGCACUAACCCAUUCCUCCACAACCAAUACACCGGUAUGCCCCAAACCACAUAUGGAGGCAACCAAAAUGGCUUCGGCGGCCAUCAGGUUCCGGCUGCUACAGGUCCAGCAGGUGUGUCGAAUGGUUUCGGCAAUUUUGGCGGUCAACAAUCGAGUAACCCAUUUGGAGCUCGGCCACAGCAGAAGGGCCCAGGAGGAGAUCUGAUACAGUUCUAA